AUGUCGUCGCCGCAUAAACUACCCCGUGUCGCCAUCUCGUACUGUACUCAGUGCAAAUGGAUGCUACGAGCAGCAUAUUUCGCCCAGGAGCUGCUGUCGACCUUCGGGACAGCUAUUGGCGAGAUUGCCCUCAUACCCGCUACUGGAGGCCUCUUCACCGUUCACCUGACACAUGUACCACCUGGUUCCGCCGAGACCGCCGAAGCUCAAGAGAUAUUGCUAUGGGAUAGGAAGGCCGAGGGUGGAUUUCCUGAAGCCAAGAUAUUGAAACAACGAUUGAGGAAUCAUAUUGAGCCGGGUCGCGACCUCGGUCACUCUGAC